UUAAGGCUGAUUUACACGAUGCCAGUCGACGUACCAGUCGAAGUCGCCAGUUACUGAAUGCCAGCGGCUGGCAACGUCUAAACAUAAUCUGCCAGCAACUGGAGAAAGCCAGUGGUCACUGGCGUGCCAGCAGAUGACAUUGCCAGUAAAACAAAUUAUUUUGUUUUGCUGGCGCGACAGCUUCCCCCCUCCACUACAUCACCACAACGACAACAGCUAACUGGCAUCGUGUAAACAGCAACAGUCACUCGUCAACUACUGGAUUAUAACAGUGAUAUAAUAUUUUUAACUAUCAAUGAUAACAGUACAUCGACACGUGUGUAAAAGUUAAAACUGAGAUCGAAAAAUCGAAAUGGCUAACCGCUGGAAUGAGGAAACCACUUGUAAAUUCGUGCAAUUAUACCGCGAGCACGAAAAUCUGUGGAACAUGUUUAUCCCGGAGUACCGUAAUCGUAAUGCAAGGAGUUCAUCUAUGGAAGCUAUCGCGUCCGAAUUAAAUUUAACAAUUAAAGAGGUAGCCAAAAAAAUUAAGGCUCUGCGUUCAACAUAUUAUUUAGAGUUGGCUAAAAUAGGAAAAAGUAAAUCUAGUGGUUCCGGCACUAAUCUUGUGUACAAGCCUUUAUUGCCGUGGUUCGAUGAUAUGGAUCAUAUUAUGAAAACAGCAACCGUCAAAGAAAAGGAGACGUACAGUAAUUAUGGAACCAUAACUCAAGACACUUUGACCCAAGACACUUUGACCCAAGACACUAUUCAUGAACAAGAUGAUGAAGCUGUUCCUGUUGACGAUUUGACUAAUGCAAGAGAACAGUUAGUAAGUACCCCCGGAAGUGAUAAAAAAUUAAAAGUAAAUAAAGGUCAAAAAAGAAGAUUAGACGUCAUAACCAAUGCCGUCCACGAGUUAAAGAAUCUAAACGAAACAAUUAAUAGUCCAAAAACAUCUAUUCAGGAUGAUGAGUGUGAUGUCAUGGGAAAACAUAUUGCUAUACAACUACGGGAGUUACCCCCUUACGAUAGGGUAUUGGCAAACUUUGAAUUACAAAAAGUUCUGUUGAACUAUCGGUUGAAAAAUAUGAGAGAGGUGUCACCAUCGACUUCAUAUAGCCGUCCUAGCAGUGUUGCUUCUAAUUUUCAAUUGAACCCAUAUACACCACAAACCCAAACCAGUGAAGAAAGUAGUAGCCGCCCUAGUAGUGUUGCUUCUAAUCUUCAAUUGCACCCAUAUACACCACAAACCCAAACCAGUGAAGAAAAUAGUACGGCAGAUAUCAUACAUGCAGCUUUGGUGAGCUCUGAUAUCAAUAGUGAUUUUUAUUAAUAGUAUUUUGGUUUUUUUUUUUUUUUGGAAAUUAAUACUUACUUUUAUGUAAUUGUUUUUUUAUGAUGUUUAAUAAAUUAUGAAUGUAAUCGUUUUUUUAUGAUGUUUAAUAAAUUAUGAAUGUAAUCGUUUUUUUAUUAAGUUUAAUAAAUUAUGAAUGUGUAAUAAUUAUGAAGAUUAAUAA